GUCUUGUCAACGCACAGUUCUGUAGAUGCUAAGUCUUGCAGAUGUUUAGCUCGCAGCUGUUUAGUCUUACAAAUGUUUGGUUUUACGAAAGCUUAGUGUAAGAUGACACUAGGUCUUGUGGAGCACUUGUCUGGCGGUGGGAUGGGUCUGGUUGGUGCUGUGGGUGCUGUGUUCUUUCUGUGGGUUAUACGGCUCCGUGGUGUUUUCGUGAUGGGAUGGAAGAGGGUGGUGGGCGCUCGGGCGGGUGUGCAGUUGGCAUCCUACCGCGCUUUCCAUGCGAAGUCUCGUGCCGGUUUGCUUCUGUUUACGGGGUACGUGGAGUGUGUCUUUUGGAGUGGUGACGUCUGCAUUAUUGCCAUCCGUUUCUACGACAUGGCGUUUGGCUAUGUAGUCUGCCUAUAGACGCCCUAGCUCGGCUCUGACGCUGGUCUGCCACACUUUUAUGGCCCUGAGUUCCAGCUCUUGUUGUAGGUCGAGCCUAUGGUCCUUCUAACGCCGCGCUACACAUCGAUCGUCUGGUGCCAAUGGU